UCAACAACAAUCUAAAAGAAAGAUAUACCCUGUAUGAUUCUAGAGCCUUCAUAUGUACUGCCAAGCUCGGAUGAGUAACUCGGAACUAUUGGAAACCAGUACAAUUCGAUAAAGACACGAUCCAAUAUGGAAGAAGGACGAUAUAGUGUGGAAGACAAGAUGAUGCGUUGCGUAAAAUAGACGAUACCUUGGGGAAACCAAACAGUUCUCAUAGAUAGCCUUCCAAAGUACCAAUCAGAAGCGCUGCAGACUCGAGAAGUAAUACAUGGUACAGAUGACGUGGGAGAUCUUCCACAGGACAGUGAAAAGUCUUGAUAGUGUAAGCACUUUGUCCACUCGAAAUGAACACAGCAUAAUUGGAACCCUCAAGACAACGUGUAAAUCAAUUAUAUUGAGUGACUCAAAUUCGAUAGUCUCCUCAUGGGCUGGUCGCGUGUGCAAUGUCGUUAAUCAGUGGGAUUGGAUCUUGGCUGCACUCUCAACUAACUGAAGAGGUCAAAGAAGUGCAAUAGAAAGCCUGAAGAAGUAUGGAUCACAAGUAGACAUGCCCAUGAGUACAGAAUAUGAUGCCUCAGAUGUACACCGCUGAAACCCAAAAGAUCAAAGUGAAUGAUUAAAACUAUCAGCACAUCAGUUUCCAUAAUUGACACCGUGCCCACUUGGAAGACGACAAAAUUGGGUUUAAACACAUGAUAAAGCAUUCAAAGAAGUCACAUCUAUUAAUUGAAGAGCCAACCAAUAUCAAAGACUCACUGUCAAUGCUACCACUCAAUUGAGUUGUGC